GAGGACUGGAGAAAAGGGCCCCAGUGCCUUCGGUGCAGCUGAGCCUCUACUCGUCAGGCACUGGUCACAGCUCAGCUUCUUCAAUAUGGUGGGCUCCAAUGGCAAUGAAUCCAGUGCCACAUAUUUCAUUCUAAUAGGCCUCCCAGGCCUGGAAGAAGCUCAGUUCUGGUUGGCCUUCCCGCUGUGCUCCCUCUACCUUAUUGCUGUGCUAGGUAACCUGACGAUCAUCUACAUCGUGCGGACAGAACAUAGCCUACAUGAACCCAUGUAUAUCUUUCUUUGCAUGCUUUCUGGCCUUGAUGUCCUCAUCUCCACCUCAUCUAUGCCCAAAAUGAUGGCCAUCUUCUGGUUCAACUCCACUACCAUCCAGUUUGAUGCUUGUCUGCUACAGAUGUUUGCCAUCCACUCCUUAUCUGGCAUGGAGUCCACGGUGCUGCUGGCCAUGGCCUUUGACCGCUACGUGGCCAUCUGCCACCCACUGCGCCAUGCCACUGUGCUCACGUUGCCUCGUGUUAUCAAGAUUGGCAUGGCUGCGGUGGUACGGGGUGCUGCGCUUAUGGCACCCCUGCCUGUCUUCAUCAAACGGCUGCCUUUCUGCCGCUCCAAUAUCCUUUCCCAUUCCUACUGCCUCCACCAAGAUGUCAUGAAGCUGGCUUGUGCUGAUAUCCACAUCAAUAUCAUCUACGGCCUCAUUGUCAUCAUCUCUGCCAUUGGCCUGGACUCACUUCUCAUCUCUUUGUCAUAUCUGCUUAUCCUAAAGACUGUGUUGGGCUUGACACGUGAAGCCCAGGCAAAGGCAUUUGGCACUUGUGUCUCUCAUGUGUGUGCUGUUUUCAUAUUCUAUGUGCCUUUCAUUGGAUUGUCCAUGGUACACCGCUUUGGAAAACGGCAUGACUCCCUCCUGCCCAUCAUCAUGGCCAACACCUACCUGCUUGUUCCUCCUGUGCUCAACCCUAUUGUCUAUGGAGUGAAGACUAAGGAGAUCCGGCAGCGCAUCCUCCGUCUUUUCCAUGUGACCACACAUACUUCAGUUCCCUAGGUGGCAGGGAUCAGAUUUCUUUUUCAUGCAAAGUCCUUCAAUUCAUUUUUUUAAUAUCAAGAUUUUGGAAGACAGUAUUAGGGAGAAAAUUCUUAAAAACGCAACUGAUCCUUCAAAGGUGAAACUGGUUGGAGAAUCUCCAUGUUGGUAGAACUGUAUACUCUCAAUCCCCAUUUUUCAAUAUUAUUUUUCCCUUUAGUUCUUUGAGGUAGUUGUGGUUGGAGGGUUAUGAUUUCCCACUUAACCUUUCAGUCCAAUUCUUAAGUCCAAAUCAUUCAGACUAUCACUUGCCCUGAUAGUCCACAGCAUUCUGAGAUGAGGAUGAUGCAUCUAAAGACCAUUUACUACCAAAGGAUUAAGCAUGGCAAAAAAUAAAAUAAUAUAAGAAUAUAAUACAGUUAGAUAAUCUGGCUUCAAACUAUGUUUUCCUCUUCAGAAUCUCCAACCACUUUGGAACUUAGGAAAGAGUCGUACCUAGAUUUCCUUCUUCAAAAUGACCUCUAUAGAGAAAAAAAAAAAAUUUCUUCUGAGUACCAGUUCUUAAGAAGAGGCUUAAAAGUAAAUCCACAGGAAGAUUAUAUUCAUCUACAUUAAUGAAAGAUGACACAUGGUAUUCUGAGAGUUAAACAGACCUUGGAUGCUUUUCCUUAUGUAAUUUUCUUAUCAACAUUUUGAUUUAGGUAGAAAUAUGAUUAGUACCCUCAUUGUACCAAUGGGGAAAUUGAUGUUUGAUGAGAUCACUCAGGCUCAAAAAAAAAAAAAAAUUAAAUCUUUUGACGCUCUAGCCAUAUUGUUAGGAGGGACUGUUAGACUAGUUGGGUAGUGAGUUAGACAUUCCAGAGUUUUGCAUUUUCUAGGGGAAGUAUUUAAGUUCCUUUCUCACUCAGCCAGUAUUGUAUUUAGGAAUUUCCUGUUAAUGUUGCUGAUGGCUUUAAUCCCAAUAGUUCCUGAUCUGUUUGCCAUUGUAUUUGUGUAGUAGCAACAGGAGUAAUUUGCAAUAUGUAGUAGCAAUAUGAGUAAUUUCCUAACAGCGGCUAGUUUGGGAAACAGUAUAAUCAGCAGUGGGCAUUCACUGGAUUUCUGGAGAGACACUUCAUGGAGAGAUGCAGCUGGGAAAAUCUAGAAGCUCACAGUAAAAAUGGCUGGGCUGCUUACCAUAGACCAGGGAGUCAAGAGUAGGAAGCACUUUGAGACUAGCCAGGAAGCAAGGUGAAGGCAAGCAUGGGUCCACAGAAAGAGAGUAGAGCAUGUAAGUGGACACCAUGUACUCUGAGGGCUCUGAGCUACCAUGUAGGGGAAGCCUGUUGCAUCAAGGUUCAGAGAAGAAGACCAUAGGCGAGACCAAUAAUAAUGACUGUGUCCUUGAUAGCUGUACUUAGCAUGAGUAUGGUUCCGGAGGCUCACUCAGGAGCCCCACAAGCCAGGCACAGCACUUCCAGAAGGAAGCAGAAUGGGGAGGAGGUAGCAUUGGCACUACAGGAGUGCCAUGGGAAUGAAUGGGGCAGAAGUGAGAUCUCCAGUCACAGGGGAGUGCUAGUCAGACCUAAAGAGAGGUAGGUAAGUGUGAGAAGCAGGUAGUAGAGUGGAGAGCAUGGUGCAUAGCCCGCCAGACUUUCUGGCCAUAGCUAGUAGCACAGGGCUACUCAGUAGAAAGGCUAUGGAGAUUGAAUACCCAGUUUCUUGAACUAGAAUCCAGAAGAUGAGAAUUGUGACAGCGUGGAAUCUGCUAUGCCCAGGUGAGUGGUGGCUAGGAGAAUGACGGACAUAAACUAGACUCAGUGCUGGUCACUUUGAACUAUGUGGAAGAUCAUAUCAGUUCCCAGUAGUGCCCUGACACUGGGGUUGAAAUAAAGAAACAGAAUGAAAGAAGGGAGAGAAAGAGACAGAUUUUUUUCUUAUUAGGAAAGCAAUAUGUGAUCACUGUAAAGAAAAAUCUUAAAUACUUCGAAAAUAUGAAAUAAAUAAAAAUAUAAUAAAACUCCAAUAAACUUGU